AUGGAAUAAGCUUUUAAGCAAGAUUAUAAUUUUCCCGGUAAUAUAAUAGAUCUCACCGAUUCUCAAUAAGAACUAGUAGAGGACUCAUAAUAGUACAAACCGCUUGAUGGACUUACUGAAAGGAUUUUGAGGAAACGAAAAAAUUGCCCAUUAAAUAAAUCCCUCUAUGAUCAAUUAUUCUCAGACCCUAUUUACAAAAGCUGUAUUCAAAAUGAAUUCCUCUUUAUCAAGCAUCUAGAGUCACUUGGUUUCAACGAUAUAUAUGAUUAUUUGAAACAUUGCAAUAAAAAUGGAAUCCUCCUUGAAGACGAAGCAUUUAAAAAAUACAACAUAAAGCCUCCAUAAUCGAAAUAUAACUUAUAUUAAUGCAAAAUCAUUCACGAAAAAAAUGUCGAUUUUAGAAAUAUACAAUAAAUUUUGAGUGGAAUGAAAUAACUCAAAAAGACUAUGAAACUUGAAUCAAAGUCUAAAAAGGAUCUAAAUAUUGAAUUUUAUUAAACUAAUGACACCACUACCAAUUUUGUAAUACAUUAAACUAAAUAACAUCGAUAUAUUGCACCAAAUUUAAUUAAUAAAAUGCUCUAUGAGGUAGAACCCUUGAAUUAAGAAAUUAAUGAAAAUUUAAUUCACCAUUGCUGGAAACAGUAUAGAAAGUUUUAUAAUAAAUGUCUAGAGGAAUAUCAAGCUAUGCUAAAUGGGAAUCACAAUGAGUUUGAAGAUGAACUUUCUGAAACUAAUAUUGAUUUUGAUCAAAUGUCACAGGAUUCUUUAGCACCAUGGUUUAUAGAUCCUCCUUAUGAAAGGAAACCUCAAUACCGAUCUAUGAAUUUGUCUUACUAAAUAUAACACUUGAAAAUUUUAUAGUUGUCUGUUAUUUGA